AUGAAGCGAAACAGACCUCAGCAAAAUAGAGCAAAUGACAAUGAUAAAAGAUUUGUUUCUGUCUCCAAAGUAGGAAACGAAGUCAAUGUGAAGAUAUGUGAGCACUUUUUAGGAUUUGUUCCGAUUGAAAAAGCAACCGGUCUUCAACUUUCUGAGAUACUAAUUAAUCAACUAAGUGAAAUGCAAAUCCCAAUAGAACACAUGAGGGGUCAGGGAUACGAUAAUGGCUCCAAUAUGAGGGGUUUACGGGCAGAUGCUAAAGAAUUAGCAACAGAGAUUGAUGUAGACGCCCACUUUCCAGAAACUAAAACUAGACCUCGUACACGUAAAGUAAAACGUCAGUUUGAUUACGAAGCUUCCGAUGAACCUAUAGUUGACCCAAAAGAAAAGAUUUUUUUUCCAAUAUUAGACGCAGCUGCAAACUCUCUCGAUCAGCGUUUCGAGCAAAUAAAAGAGCACAGUAAAUAUUUCCACUUUUUAUAUGAUAUUCAUUUGCUUCAUAAAUCUUCGUCAGCUGAGAUAUUGAGUUUUUGCCAUGAUUUAGGACAUGUUCUAAAACAUGAAGAUGCUUUAGACGUGAACGCGACAGAACUGGCUGAUGAACUCUCUGUGUUGUGUACGUUAGUGGAACCCAAACAAACUCCCAUUGAAAUCUUAAAAUUGGCGAUUCAACUAAAUAUUGCCCCUAAUGUUGUAGCCUUCAGGAUCUUAUUAACAUUGUCGAUAACUGUUGCAAGUGGCGAGAGAAGUUUCUCCAAGUUGAAACUAAUUAAAACGUACUUGAGAUCAACUAUGAGCCAAGAAAGGUUAAGUGGCUUAUUGAGCAUGAACUUGGAUCAAAAUUAA